AUGACAGAAUCACCAACCCCCAAACAACACAUCGCCCACACACUCCUCUCCCGCGCCCACUCCCCAGACAGCGCAACCCAACAAUUCACCGAGCGCAUCAAACAAAAACCACUCUUUCUCCGCCCAACCUCACCCUCAGCCACCGACAACAGAUCCCGCCGCCGCCUACACAGACUCCAAAAGAAAGAAUACUUCCGGCGCCACCAGCGCCCGCAGCCCUUAUCUGCGCGCGAAAAGCGGACCUCCGGCCUACACGAUCUUCCAAAGGACGAAUGCAAGUACGCGAUCUUUAAGGGCCUGCAUGAGCUGUGGGUGAGCUAUAUGCAGGAGAUAUUGGACCUGGGUGGAUCGGCGGCUAAGGGUGGGUGUUUAUUAACACCCUCGUCGCAUGGUGCGAAGCUUGUCAGUGCGGAUUAUCAUGGAGCGGAGGUGGAAGUUGUGAGGAGUCGGUCUUCGGGGAGGGUGGGGUUGAAAGGGAUUGUGGUGAGAGAUACAAAGUUUACGUUUGUGAUUGUUACGGCGAAGGACGAGGUCAAAACUAUUCCGAAGGAACAUACGGUCUUCAAAUUUACUGUGCCGCUGCCAGUACCGACGAGCGAGGAUUCUGCUCCCGAGCAAGCGAAUACAGAAGGGACGGAUAUAUCGAAUGCGCAAAAACCGCUUGUUUUCGAGCUGCACGGGAGUCAAUUUGAGAAUCGACCUGUGGAUCGAGCGAAUAAGAAGUUCAAGUGGAGGAAUAUCGAUUACCUAUAG